GGUGGCGGGGGCGGCGGCGGCUCCGGAGCGAGCGUUUCCCUGAGGCCAAAACAAGUCGCGGGGGGCUGGGGCGGGGGGCGCUGGGCCCGGCGGUGAGAGCGGGACGGGGCCGUUGGUGGGGGAGCACAGGCGGCCGCUCUCCGCUGCCGCGCCUUAGCGCUCGGCCGGCGCUCCCGUCCCCGUCUCAUCCCGCUGCCCGGUCUUGUGUUGCCUCCCAAGGUGCCCGUGUAUCGAGCGGCUUCCACGUUUCCAGUCAUGGAGGCGGAGCAGAUCAUGGAGGGGCAGCCACAGGUUCCAGAAAACCCCCAUUCUGAGUACGGACUCACUGAAAACGUAGAGAGGAUAGUAGAAAAUGAGAAAAUAAACGCAGAAAAAACAUCAAAGCAGAAGGUGGAUCUCCAGUCAUUACCCACGCGUGCCUACUUGGAUCAGACAGUUGUACCUAUCUUGCUACAGGGACUUGCUGUUCUUGCAAAAGAGAGACCGCCAAAUCCUAUUGAAUUUCUAGCAGCGUAUCUUUUAAAAAACAAGUCACAAUUUGAGGACCGAAAUUAACUCCACUAAAGUGAGGACAUUUUGGCUGCUAGACUGAAAUGCUUAUUGGUCGCAAUUUAUUUCCUGCUGUAAAAAUCCUUUAGAAGCGUGACUGUCUUUUUUAAUCGCGCAAUUUGCUUUAACUUCUGAGUUAUUUAAUAAAGAACACUUUACAUUUCAUUUGUUCACUUGUUUUAAACUAGCUAGUAAAAGACUUUGAAAAUAAAGUACUGAAACUGCA